AUGCAGCUCAAGUCGUUCAUCUUCGUUCUGUUCGCCGCCGGCGGUGUCUCGGCUCUCAACAUUAACAAGGCCCGUCAAAACAACAACAAUGGCAACGGGUGCAACGCAAAUCAGAACAACAACAACAACCAGAACGGCAACCAGAACAACCAGAAUGGAAACCAGAACAACAACCAGAAUGGUAACCAGAAUAACAACAACCAGAACGGCAACCAGAAUGGUGGCGCAAACGCGGGUGCAGACGUAGGCGCUGCUGACUUCGGUCAAUGUGAUCCCUCGAUUGACUUCCAGCUGGGCCGUGCUGGCCGCAAGGCCGAUGAGGGUACAUUCCUGCCUGUCGACCCUCUCGUCGCCCAGGGCCAACAGGACGCCCUGAACCCCAACAUUAUCACCAACCGUGUCUGCGAUCAGUUGACCAACGUCUGCAACGCCAACGCCGCUGCCGUCGCGCUGUGCGAGGAUGCCCAGGCGCAGGUUGCGGCUCUGGGAACCAAGGAUGCCUCCACGGCGGACGCAUUCAACGCGGCAUUGGGCUUCUAA